AUGACAGAAGUGAAAGGAACUCCCAUCAUUAAAGGUUCACGAACAAUGCAAAUAACGGGAAUAUAUAAAGGUAAAGCAAUCAUUAUUAAAGAUUCAUACACUGUUAUAAAUAAGAAGCUUAAACUAUUUCCUGAAAUGUUUCAUUUGCAGUGUGGUGAAAAGGAAGUAUUUCCGUAUCAAUAUUAUUCAAGCUCUUUAUUAGCAAAUGACAACAGAACUGGUGUCAUUUCUGAAGCGUGUAAGUUUAUCCAGGAUGCGGAUACGUUCAUGAAAAACAUAGAUUCCAUCAAAGGUUGCAGAAUAGAUGAAAACCACUUCGACUUAGAAAAGUAUAGCACAUUUUAUUGCAAACAAUAUGUAAGAAUUUUAAGAGAAGGUUUUGUUAAGUUCCGCAAUGACAUAUUAAAAGAAUUUGAUUUAAACGUUUAUGACUACGUUAGUAUUUGUUCAAUUGCUAACAAAUUAUUUGAGAACAGAGUGUACUUCCCGAAUGGAAAUUUAUAUGACCUCUCAAAUAAACCAAGAGAAUUUAUUUCACGCUGUAUUCAAGGUGGAAGAUGUAUGCUGUCAGAUAACAUGAAACAAAAGAGUAAAGAGAAACUCAUUGCUGAUUUCGACGCUGUUUCAUUAUAUCCAUCAGCUAUAGCAAGACUCUAUACUUUAGAAAGUAUACCGAAAGUAUUGAAGAAAGAAAUGUUAAGCACAGAGUAUCUCAUGAGACAUUUAUUCGAUGAUGACCAAAAGGAACCCAUUGGUGAAAAGUUUAUGUCUGGCUUCUUUGUUCUCAUUAAGAUAACAGAGAUUGGAAUACAUAGACACUUUCCUUUAAUAGUUUGUGACCCUGAACUAAAUCCAGAACUUAACGUUCCCAGAAGUUCAAACACUUGCUGUUUAAUGUAUGUUGACCAUAUAACAUUACAAGACCUCAUAAAAUAUCAAGGUGUCAAAUGUGAAGUGUUGCAAGGAUACUAUUACGAUGGAAACAGAGAUAUUAGAAUAAGAGAUGAAGUAAAGAAGUUGUUUGAGUUAAGGUUAAAGUAUAAGAAAGAAGGAAAUCCUUUGCAAGAAAAUAUAA